GUCGCCAUUCCCGGAGCAGCUCGGCCUCGGCCCAGAGGCGAGUGUCGGUCGCUGUGUCGGAGACACUCGUCCCCGACAUCGAGACAACCACCCCUCUCUCCUGCCCCGCGGCGGGAGAGCGUGUCCGGCCGGCCGGCGGGGCUCGCGCACCUUCCCUCGCCUCCCCUUCCCCCGUAGCCUCCGCCCCGCCAGGCCCGGCCCGGACCUCCGAGCCCCGGCCUCCUCCUCCGUCUCGGUCACCUCCGCCGCCGCCGGGCUCCGCAGCCCCGCCUUUCGCUUCUCUUCCCAUUUUGAGAAGCCAAGGAAGGAAACAGGGAAAAAUGUCGCCAUGAAGGCCGAGAACCGCUGCCGCCGCCGACCCCCGCCGGCCCUGAACGCCAUGAGCCUGGGUCCCCGCCGCGCCCGCUCCGCUCCGACCGCCGCCGCCGCCGAGGCCCCCGUUGAUGCCGCAGAGCUCCCCCAACGCCGCCGCCACCGCUUCCGACAUGGACAAGAACAGCGGCUCCAACAGCUCCUCCGCCUCUUCGGGCAGCAGCAAAGGGCAACAGCCGCCCCGCUCCGCCUCGGCUGGGCCGGCUGGCGAGUCUAAACCCAAGAGCGAUGGAAAGAACUCAAAUGGAUCCAAACGUUAUAAUCGCAAACGUGAACCUUCCUACCCCAAAAAUGAAAAUUUUAGCAACCAGUCCCGUCGCUCCAAUUCACAGAAAAGCAAAACUUUUAAUAAGAUGCCUCCUCAAAGGGGCGGCGGCAGCAGCAAACUCUUUAGCUCUUCUUUUAAUGGUGGAAGACGAGAUGAGCUAAAGGAAGAGAACAAGAGGGAGAAGAAUAGCUGCCAGUUUGUAGUGUCUGAAGACCAAGACUACACAGCUCAUUUUGCUGAUCCUGAUACCUUAGUCAACUGGGACUUUGUGGAACAAGUGCGCAUCUGUAGCCAUGAAGUGCCAUCUUGCCCAAUAUGCCUCUAUCCACCUACUGCAGCGAAGAUAACUCGCUGUGGACACAUCUUCUGCUGGGCAUGCAUCCUGCAUUAUCUUUCACUGAGCGAGAAGACCUGGAGUAAAUGUCCCAUUUGUUACAGUUCUGUGCAUAAGAAGGAUCUCAAGAGUGUGGUUGCCACAGAAUCACGUCAGUAUGUUGUUGGUGAUAACAUUACAAUGCAGCUGAUGAAGAGGGAGAAAGGAGUGUUAGUAGCCUUGCCCAAAUCCAAGUGGAUGAAUGUAGACCAUCCUAUUCAUCUAGGAGAUGAACAGCACAGCCAAUAUUCUAAGCUGCUAUUGGCCUCUAAAGAGCAGGUGUUGCAACGGGUGGUUCUGGAAGAGAAAGUAGCAUUGGAGCAGCAGCUGGCAGAAGAGAAGCACACUCCUGAGUCUUGUUUUAUUGAGGCAGCUAUCCAGGAGCUCAAGACUCGGGAAGAGGCUCUGUCAGGACUGGCUGAAAGCAGAGGCGAGGUCACUGGUGUCAUGGCUGCUCUAGAACAACUGGUGCUGAUGGCUCCCUUGGCAAAGGAAUCUGUUUUCCAACCAAGGAAGGGUAUGCUAGAGUAUCUUUCUGCUUUCAAUGAAGAAACCACAGAAGUUUGUUCUCUGGACUCUCAUCCUCUUGCUCUGCCUCUGGUAGAGGAAGAGGAAGGAGUGUCUGAACCUGAGCCUGAGGGGUUGUCAGAGACCUGUGAUGACUCGGAGUUAGCAGAUGACAGUCUUGGGGAGAGAACCAUUUGUACUGAGGCUGGUCAGCAGGAGCCCAUCACCAAACCAGGUUUCACACACCUGAGCAGCUCUCCUUGUUACUACUUUUACCAAGCGGAGGAUGGGCAGCAUAUGUUCCUGCAUCCUGUGAAUGUGCGCUGCCUUGUACGGGAGUAUGGCAGCCUGGAGCAGAGCCCGGAGAAGAUUUCAGCAACUGUGGUAGAGAUUGCUGGGUAUUCCAUGUCUGAGGAUGUUCGACAGCGUCAUAGAUAUCUCUCCCACUUGCCUCUUACCUGUGAGUUCAGCAUUUGCGAACUGGCUCUGCAGCCUCCUGUGGUCUCUAAGGAAACCCUAGAGAUAUUCUCAGAUGAUAUUGAGAAGAGGAAGCGCCAGCGCCAGAAGAAGGCCCGGGAGGAACGCCGCCGAGAGCGCAGGAUUGAAAUGGAGGAGAACAAGAAGCAGGGCAAGUACCCUGAAGUCCACAUUCCCCUAGAGAAUCUACAGCAGUUUCCUGCCUUCAAUUCCUAUACCUGCUCCUCUGAUCAUGCUUUGGGUCCUACCAGCACUGAGGGCCAAGGGGCCCUCUCCCUUUCUCCUCUCAGUAGAAGUCCAGGUUCCCAUACAGAUUUUCUGCUGACCCCCCUGUCACCCACUGCCGGGCAGGGUAGUCCCUCUUUCUGCGUUGGGAGUUUGGAAGAAGAUUCUCCUUUCCCUUCCUUUGCCCAGAUGUUGCGGGUUGGAAAAGCUAAAGCAGAUGUUUGGCCCAAAACUGCUCCAAAGAAAGAUGAGAACAGCUUAGUUCCUCCUGCCCCCGUGGACAGUGAUGGGGAGAGUGAUAACUCAGAUCGUGUUCCUGUGCCCAGUUUCCAGAAUUCAUUCAGCCAAGCUAUUGAAGCAGCCUUCAUGAAACUGGACACACCCUCUACUUCAGAUCCCCUCUCUGAGGAGAAAGGAGGAAAGAAAAGGAAAAAGCAGAAACAGAAGCUCCUGUUCAGCACCUCAGUUGUCCAUACCAAGUGACACUACUCGCCCAAGGCUACCUUCUCCAUCUGAUUUUUUUCCUGCGCUUUUGUUUUGCUGCUGUAAUUUUUAAGUAUUUGAGUUUGAACAGAUUAACUUGGGGCGGGGGGGAGGGGGUUUCCACAAUGUGAGGGGAAACCAAGAAAAUUUUAAAUACAGUGUAUUUUCCAGCUUCCCGUCUUUACACCAAAAUAAAGUAUUGACACUCACGAGAUCUCUUCCUGCCAAGGUUUUUAGUUCGCUGCCAGGUUAGUCUUUCUGUCCAUGUGUAAUGAAUUUUCUUUACCAAACAAGUUUGAAUCCCUUCAGUGUCCCUCAGGACUGCUCUGCUGUGGCAUCCUGUGUUGGGCUGUCCUUGUCACUCAGCACACCUAUCUGAAUGGGUAACUCUUCCCUACCUGCUCAGUUCUCCUUGUUAAAGAAAGAGGGAUGCAAAUAAAAUGGAUUUAGGACACACA